GCAAGAUGCCGCGGCGGACCACACAGAAGAAGAAGCCAGUGAAGAAUGGGUCUGGGUGGAUCGACUCGCAGUUUGCCCGCGCCAGCCGCCGCGUCACUGCAGAGGAUCUGAUUGCGCGCGACGAUGCAGGAGGAUCAUCCGCUCCAAAGCGCCAAGACGGCGCUGCGCUGUGGGAUCGAUGUCAGCCAACGACUGCAGAUGCACUGGCAGUCCACAAGAAGAAAGUGGAUGAGGUUCGAGGCUGGCUCACACACUUCUUCUCCCGCGGCCAAUCACAAGCUCUCGCGUCGAAGGUGCUUGUGCUGAUCGGGCCCUCCGGGUGCGGCAAGACCGCCACCCUGCGCGUGGUCUGCCGCGAGCUCAACUGCACCAUCCUGGAGUGGAUCAACCCCGUCUCGCAGCAGCGCGUCGCCUUUGAUCGAGCAGGCGAGGUGUGGUGGGAGUCACAGCGUGCACAGUUUCAGUCCUUUCUGCUGCGCUCCCGCAAGUACCGUGCCCUCUCCAUUGGCGACACGACCGCAACUACUUCAAAGCAGCUCAUCUUGGUCGAGGAUUUGCCAAACUACCUUCGAUCGCAGCACGAGGUCCCCGCAUUUCAUGAUCUCCUCAGAUCAUACAACGCCGCUGCUGUUGCGCCGCUUGUGUUUGUCCUCACAGAGGAGCACUUGGGCAGCCUGGGCCACGCUGUGUCGCGGCUGUUUCCGACAGUGGUUGAGCUGCAGGGCGUCUUCAACACCAUCAGGUUCAACCCAGUUGCCCCAACAAAGAUGGAAAAGGCCCUCACCACCAUGUGCACCAUCGCCAAAAUCGACGCGCCGCGCUCGAGUCUGAAGGAGAUUGCUCUUCAGGCUGACGGCGACAUUCGCGCGGCGUGCAACGCACUCCAGUUCCUCCAUCGCCCACGCAGAGGCGCCGCGCUGCCAAAACAGACACGAAAGCGAUCAAAACGCAGCAAGACCCGUGCUGCCUCUUCUUCUUCGUCGUCCUCUGCCCCGUCAGCGGCCAAGGCCGUGCGUGGGCGCGACACGUCCAUGCGCUUAUUCCACGCCGUCGGCCGCAUCCUCCGCGCUCGCAGACGCCCGCCAGCGUCGAGUGGCGGUCCAUCCCAGGACCCGCGGCCCAAAACGCCGAAAUUCAUGACGCAACAACCCUGGUCGCAGUCGCCGGUUGCAUCACAGUCAUCGACACCGCCCACCCUCUCCCCCGUGCGCUCACAGCCAGCAGCAGCGCGCAGGAGACCCCCAGACGCAGGUGGCGGUGGCGGUGGACUGUUGAUGACGACACCGGCACCGGUCCAGCUUCCGCCCCACCUUCAGCACAUGCAUCGUGAUCCGCUUGAUGCAGUCACCACGCCAGAGGAGACGUUGCGGCAGUCGUGCGUCUCUACACAGCGAUUUUCCCAGUUUCUCCACCAAAACUACAUUGACUACUUUGCAGACUUUGAAGACCUGCUGCAAGCGGCGGAUGCGUUCAGUUGCGCCGACCUCUUCAACACUGACAGCGCCGCAAACUCGUCUGUCGCCUCGGAGUACUUUGGCAUGACGCUUGCGCGCGAGCUUGUCUUCUGCAACACAUCCCCGCUCGUCUCCGGCUGGCGGCCUCUCAGGAAACCCGUCGACUUUGACGCAGCACGCACGCACAACCUCGUGGCGUCCCUGACUCGGUUUGCACACGACCGCUCCAUCUGGAGACCCGUCUCCUUCACCGACCGCGAUCGUGAUGUCGCUGAUGAUGACGAUGAUGAGGAUGAUGGCGACGACAAUGAUGUCGGUGGAGUGGAUGAGAAGGAGGUGGGGCAGGCUGAGGCCCGUGCUGAGCAGACUCGUCAAGUUGGUGGUGACGCCGGUGGUGCAACAAGAUCGCAAUCGACCAGCCCGUCUUCCACACGUGCGCCAUCGCGCGUGCGCCACAGUCAGCCCGCCGCCACCGCCAGCACUGCAAGCACGAACCAUACCAAGGACAGCAGUAGUAGCAGUGGUAGUAGUGGCAGUGGGAUGGGCAGCCAGCAGACGGGGCCAACUGUUGUGCACACGUCGGUGCUGUCGACCUCGGAGACGUGCACGUCGCGAGUGUUUUCGAUGCAGCGCGCGCGACCGGCCGUGGAGGAGGACAUUUCAGAUUUUACAGACAGCGACGAGUGAGGGGGCGCGUAGGAGCAGUAGAACACCUGUACAUAGUGUGUGGGGGGGGGUAGGUGAUGUUGGAGGAGAGAUGGUGUGCGCGCGCGUGUGUGCGUGCG